AUGGACCAAUUAGAUGCUCCGACUCCGCUCGAAAUAGGGUACUACGACCCGUUCUCGCUCUACAGGCACCUUAAAAAGGACCUCGAGACCAUCACACGGAUCGAUAAACUCCAUUGGAAGCCGGGUCCCGCCAGCUCGGUGCGCACCCUGAGUAACAUAAAACUCAACUACGUCCAGUCCACAGACAACAAAUAUCUCAAUUUCAUUUUCAUCAGCAGCACCAGCAUAGACGAAUACCGGGCGCGCGUGCGGCCUGUGGUCAAACAGUGGCUCAACAAUGUCAAGUCGGCCAAGCCGACCUCCGUCUACUUCAUAAUUCUGUAUGAGAACACCUCUCACGUCUCGAGGGCAGAAAAACUUCUCAAAACCAACCUGCUGAACAAGCUGAAGACAGACUUUCUCGACGACACGCUCACGUUCGACAAUAUCUUCAAAAUCAAGUCAAGCUACCCGUCUGCGGUCGAAAAAAGCGAGGCCUGGGCCGGCUUGGCCAGCUCGGUCAAGAUAGGGCUUGUCGAGUCAAUCGGCUACCGACUCGCGUACUAUCGCUCGCGCGACACGCUCGACAGCAUGAACGAGCUUGCUCGUCUGUUUAUGAGCAUUGGACAGUUGGAUGACGCGCUGCAUUGUUAUAAGGACAUGUUUGCUAAGGUUGAUAAGCUAGACCUCGAAGAGGGAAUCGAAAGCUGCUCGUUUAACGACCUCCCGCUGGCCGACAGCGCGCCAGCCAUUGACUACAAGUCCAAGUUCAAGCUCAAGGCGUUCUUCUACAAGCAGUCGGUGACCAUUUUGCACAAGACGGCCACGAGCGAGGCUCUCAUGAUUCGCACGCAAAUGGAAUGGAGUCAGGUGCUUUCGCGUUUUGUUGAGUCGCUGGGCGAGAGUUUCAAGAAAAACGAGAUAGCAGUGGUGUUGAUCACCGACUUUCUCAAGAAUGCACAGCUCCAGAAGCUUCUGGGCGGCUCCGAACGAGACCUGGCCGAGCUGUACGAGAAGCUCGGCGACAUCCGGCUUUUGAGGCGCAAUGAGCUGAUCAAACUCGCGCAUUGCAAGGGCUACGUGUUGGCUGGCUCUUUGGUGGACGUUCCGAUGCAUUCGGAGAAGUACGAGCCGUUCGACGAUACCGUGAAGAGCAUUUUAGAGUCGGAGAGCAGGUUUCAGGAGCACGCCAUUGACGAGACGAAAAAAGUCAUCGAGGAAUAUUCGAAAGCGCAGUCGCGGCCGCGCACCAUCGACACGCUGUCGACGGAGCUGGCACUGAUAUAUUUCCACAGCAUGAAGGAGCUGGAGACGUCUCUGGAAAUAUUGAACGACUCGUUCACCUACUUCAAGAACUCCGAAUGGAAGUACAUCACGCUGGGCAUUCUGAGGAUAUUUAUUGCCAAUCUCGAGCAGCUGAGCGCAACGUACGAGGACGUGCUGCCUGUGCUUUUGACGUCGUAUUUGGAGCUGGUUGCCAAAAACGAGCCGUACGAGUCCGACAAGCUGUCCAAGAUCCUCGACAACCUGACCGACCGGGUGGUAUUCGAAUCCGCCGACCUUUUUGACUGCGACCUCGCUCCUUGCGUCGACCCGGCGGGCGUCGACACGUACGAGCUAGGGGUGCGGAUCACCAGCAAGAUGGUGCUGCCCGUGGACGAGAUUGUCGUGCAUUUUGAAAACACGCAGUUCCGGCUUGGUAGCUGCUCUCUAGAAAAAUUCAACGAAUACAGGUUGCAGACAAAGGACCUCGUGUGCGGCGACUUAGAAGCCCGCAGCGUCGUGGUGCGCUCUGGCAAGCUGGAAAUCCAUAAAACACUCGACCUGCGUGUUUUUGCGUACCCGAUCGAGCAGUUCUACAAAAACGGCCACCUUUACCAGAACACCGUGGUAGACGCCGUUGUUCCCCGGGUGAGAGACCUCAACAGGGACGAAAUCAUGCUGGUUGCCAGAGUGGGCUCCGAGCAGCUCCCGCGUUGCGAGUUUGUGUUCUACAAGACGGAUAUCGACCGAAUGGUGCCCAACGCAGAGUAUGUGGUUGAGAGAGACGGCAAAGCUGUUGAAGCGGAGGUGGAAAAUCACGUGGACCGGCUGGUGUUCAAGUGCGACUGCUCGUUUUCUCCCGGCUCGACGGCGACGGUCAGAAUCCCGUACUUUUUCCCGCCAGAGGUCUCAAACACGAUCGUCCCGCUCUCCUUCGGACUGGUCUUCGGCGACCGUUCCGUGCAUCUGACCAAGGACCUGGACACCCAGCUCCAGAUCGCCGUCUCGGUGCAGGACAUCUUCAAGUCGGCGCAGCUCUUCUCCAAUUACUCCAUCAACUCGCCGAUCCAUAACCGUCCGGUCAGGGUUCAGAGGGUGGACCUCACGUCGCAGAGCUCGAAGGUGGUCACGUGGAAGCAGCCGCGCAACAUAAUCGCGUUCAAUGACCAGGGAACGACGUUUUUCUACAAGAUUGAGAGUCUCAGCGACGAAAGUCUGAACUUGCAAAUCGACUACAAUGACAUUGAGGACGAGAUCGUUGCUGGGCUUGAGAAAAUGUUCCGGAAACAGAUUUUAGACGAGGAGCCGGAACUGAUUAAAUACUCGGGUCUUUUGGGCGCCUUUUUCAGGGCACAGAAACCGAAACUCAACCACUACUCGCUGACCAACUGCAUCAAAACUGACCCGUUUGAGGGCAGGCUCCAUCAGAAGAUCCUCUCGCAGCUGCAUCCUGACGACGCCCAGAGUCUUGCCAACCGGCUGCGGGACUUCUUUGGCCGCAGCUACAACAUUUCUCCUGAUCUGCAGCACGAGCUCAUCUCCGCGUCCUGGAAACAGCUGAACAUAGUGGUCACUCUCCCUGUGAUCAACACAAUCAACAUUGUCGAGUUCCGGUUUGCCAAGCAGCUGCAGUACUUGGUGUGCGAACCGAUCCACGCACGCCUGUCGCUCCACGUUAUUCUCUUCAAGCUGGAGGAGAAAGAGAACAAAAAAGUGCGGUUCCAAAACGAGCCGGAGAUCCCCAAGAACAUCAACCUCAAGCUGGAUCUGGUGGAGAACGAGAACAACUGGCUUAUCGCAGGACUCAAGAACUUCGACCUCGACCUGAACCUCCAGAACGACAAAAGCGCCGCCUACGAAUUCGAUCUCGUUCUCACGCCGCUGCGUGUGGGCAAACUGGAGCUGCCGCGGGUCGAAAUCAGAAACAAGUCCGACUUCCAGAUCCAGAUGGAGCUCGACUACAAGAAUAGCUCCGAGAACCUUUUGGUGGUCUCUGAACUCAACAAAGUGACGUAUUCAUUCUAG